AUGGCACAUCGCACAAUUUCAACGAAUCUUGUAUCCUGUAUAGGAUAUACAGGUAGCUUCGCUUCUCAUGCUUCGGCUAUUGAGAAUAGAAACAAUCGUACACAUCGUAGAUACAAUGAAGAAAAUUUUUUUCAUCGUAAAAAUUACAAGUUAAUUCUUAUAUGUCUCGAUGAUGGCUAUGGAAUUUCCAUGGAUUUAAUUGAUUAUAUGGAAAGUUAUUGCAAUCUUUUAAAAAAACAUAUCGAUGAUUUUAAUUCUUAUUCAAAAAAAUGGAAAUCAAAAUUACGACAACAAUCAGUAUUGUCAUCGUAUAAUACAACUAAGCGUGCUCAACUUGAAACAAUUCGUACACCUGAACGACGUGCUAAAAUUUUACAAAAACAACAUGAAGCUAUUCUAGAAGUUAUUAUUACAUAUCGUACACAAGUGGAACGAAUGUAUCCCAGUGAACGUUUAAGUACUAGUCAUAAACAUUAUCGUACAAAUGUAAAGAAGAACUUAUUUAAAGCUGCUUAUUCAUCAUUAUCCUGUUUAUCAAAUAAACUCGAACAAUUACAUGAACAACAACAAAGAGCAGAAAAUGCUCUUGAUGAUGCUAAUAUUCAAUAUGAAAAUCUUUUUUCUGAUGAAACAAUAAGUAAAAACAAAAUCACAAAUGCAAAAGAUAAACAAAACAAAAGAAAAGAUAAAUUAGCUGAAAUUAAACGGGAAAUUAAACAAACUGAAAAAGAAUAUAAUGAUGAACAAAAAAUUUACCGUACAAGAGCAAGAGAAAUUUAUGAAGAGUGUCGAGUAUUAGAACAAGAACGAUUGGAUUUAAUUGGUGAAACUUUAAUUAAAUUCAAUGAAGCAGCUUUUUCAUCAGAACAUUUAACUGAACAACAGGACAUUUUUGAAGAUCUUAAGUCAAAACUCGAAAAUCAACGAAAUACUUUAAAAGAUCUUGAUUUUUGGGCACAAACAUAUGGUAUUUAUGAUUCAUCAUCCGAAAUAAAUCAUAAUGAUGAUAUUCAUGAUGCAAGUAUGUCUUCUCGAACAACUAUUCGAAAAACAAAAACAUCUCACAAAAACGAAACAGAAAAUAUCACAACAAUAGAAGAAAAUAUAGAACAAUCAGCUAGUGAAGAUCAAGAAGAACAAUCCGAAGCAGAUAAUACAACAACUUCAACAAGAACUUAA